AAUCCGUCUUGUUUGGUGUUCCGUCGCCGUCUAUUUGCAAUGUAGAAUAACAUGGCAACCAAUAUUAAGUUCACAAAGUUCGACAACAGGCCAUGGGGCUUUCGACUGGCGGGUGGUAGUGAUUUUCCGCAGCCGUUGACUGUCAUCCGAGUUACAGAGGGAAGCUUAUCAGAGUGUAUGGGAUUAAGAGUUGGAGACAUUGUUGUCAGAUUGAACGAUCAACCCAUAAGUGAUUUGUCGCAUGGUCAAGCUCACGAAGCACUCAAUUUGGCUGGAAACAAUUUUGUACUUGCGAUUCACAGGGUUGAAGAUACGGAAACACUUGUGGAUGCAAUUAAGAAGGACAAUAUCGAGCCAUACGCAAUAAAUUUGGAUGAUUUACCACCUCUUGAACCGGUGGAAGACAUUUUAUCAAAACUAUCUGCAGAACCGAUAGUAGAAGAAGCUGUCACGGAAGAACUUAUUGAGGAAAGCAUUGAAAAAAUUAUUGAAGUCAUUGAAGAAGUGCCACAGAAACCGAAAGAUGAAAAUAGUGAAGAGAUUCCGAAUCAGAAUUUGACUGACGAAGAAAUUGCCCAGCUUAUUAUAGUUGAGGAAGAGUUACUUUCAGAAAAGGGAGUUCUAGGAGUCAACUUUAAAAAACUGCGUCCAAGGGCUCCACUCUUCAAAGACUCGAAAGUAUUCCAGGAAUUGCAGAAAGAGGCCACAGCAGAACCUCCACUAGUUCAGGAACUCAAACGUAAUACAACCUUCCUUCAAAGGCCAGAACGACCCAUACCAAAACCAAAGUCUACUAAUGCUGAAGAAAACACACCAACUCAACCACAGGAAACGUAUAAAGUCGUGAUAAAGAAGCAGACGAAAAAGAGUAUUACUGAACGUCUUGUAGAAAAAGGUCUUUUGGAGCCAGGAUGUGUAAAGUGCUCCGAACAGGGAUCAGAGAACACUACACCAACUAAAACUCCAGAUCUUUGUGGAAGGUUAGAAAUAGAGGAAAUAGAUUCAAAAGCCGAAAUUGAAAUAUUGGAAACAACGGAAUUGGGAAAUAAGAACGAAACGGAAACUGCUGAAGUAGAAAAUGAAAAGGACGUUGUGGUGAAGAAGGAAGAAAAUUUUCAAGAAGUUAUUGAUAAAGACGAACAAAUUAGCGAGGAAUUCAAAGAAAAAUACGAAAAAGAGGAAAAUUUUGUAAAUGAACCAAGUUUAGACGAUAACUUUCAGUCUCCACCACAAUUGGAUGAACAAAAAUUAAAGGAACUCGUGUCAACUGAAAUAAGUCUUGAGAAGCAACUGGAAAGUGUUCAAAAGCAACUCUUGGCCUUAAAGCAACUACCAAGUGAAAUUGAAAAUCAUCUGAGGAUUGUAUCAGAACAAUUAUAUAAAAUAAUGGAACUGAGUGGUAUUCGUAAUGAAAAAGAAGGAAGCUGCUGCCGUUAUUUCAAGGAAGAAGAGGAUUUAUCUAAACGUGAAGAAGAAAGGCGAAAACAAAAAAUCGACGACCUUGAGUGCCAUUGUAUACGAGAGUUAGGACCUGGUGACGACAGUCCACAGCAAAGCCGUGCGUCAGAUGGGAGGAGGUCUAAAUUGAGUGAUACUGAGGCGAUUCCAGAAAUAGUCGAACCAGAUUAUGACGGUGAACCAGACUCUGGGGAAUUAGAGAUAUCUAUUAAAAGUACAGAAGAGGAUGAGAACACUGUGAAAAAGUACAUUGUAUCAUAUGAGUCAAAGGUCGAGAAAAUGACUCGCGACGCCGUCAAAUCUAGGGAUCCUAGCCCAAUUACUACACAACGUGCAGGCUCUCAUAUAGAAGACUAUGAACCUGAUCCAAAUAAGGAUCCUAAAGAGCAAUUGAUAGAUGAAUUAAAGCACAAACAAGGGAGAAAGCGUUCUCAAGAACUUUGGCCUCAGGCUAAACAAUUAGAGCUCACUUAUGGAAGAAGAUGGCGAUGUACGAAUGACUUCUUCAAUGACGAUAUGAUAGCAGAAGUCCUCUCGUCCCAAGCAGAAGUCCUCCGGGGUAAAACUUUGGGAGUCAAUUUUAAGAAAUUUGAGAAGACAGCUCUUCCAAAUUUUGAUCACCUGAUGAGCUCGAGUGUUUAUAAGAUGAUUCAUAAAAUGGAAGAAGAACCUAAAAAGGGAAUACCUGCAAGGCCAUCAAAAGUAACCGCUGCAGAAGAUGUUUUAGAAAGAGAUUCUCCAACGCAAAAUACGAUGGACGAUGUGAGUUUCAGGAGCGUCAGUCACUGACGAAGAAGACUGUUUCUUAAUUAAAGUAAAAUAACGGAUGAAUUAAUUUUUAUUUAAAAAUUAAAUAAAGAAUUAUGUACGUUACAAUUAGUCAGGAUUUAAGAAUAUUAUAAAAAAUGUAUUCAUUUUUUAAGAAGUACAUUUAAAUUGUUAAUUGUAAUUGUUAAUGAGCUUCAAAUUUAUUAACUUUAUCUGCGCCCUUCUUAAAAAUUUUUAUGAAAUUAUCACUCUAAUUUAUGUUAAAAUAGCACAAAUAAAAAGAUUGUAUUGC